AUUUCAUUUCUGUCACAUUUCUGUGUGGAUUUUUUUGUGGUGAUAUCACAAUUUUUGUGAUUUAUCAUCUCAAUUUGAAAAGAAUUAGUGAAAAAGUGUGUUUAAUACAUUUUGCGGUACUUAUCUAUGCACUGCUAGCCUAGCCAUGUUAAUCUGCGCAUCUAGUACCUAAAAUGUCUGACGCAGCAUCAGGGUCGAAACAAAACAAAUGUGUUGAUUUUGAUCCAAUAUUACCUGAAGCAGGGCUUCUAUUUUAUGAGGAAUGUCCAUUGGAAUUUGAAAUCGAUCGUCCUAAAUUGUUGCCGUUGAAAUCAACCACACAAUUGCGCUUUGAACAGCUGCAGUACGAAGCUGCCAAGAUUUGGGCAGACAAACAAAAAGAACAGAAGAAAUCAAACUGAUUUAAUUAGACAAACCCUGUCAUAAUUAACCUAUCAAGAUGGUAUACACAUUAUUUGUGGUAGAGCUGAUCUCUGCCUUCAUACUAGCAGCAACUCUGCUGUACAGAUAUGGAGACUGCUAUCGGAACCACAUAUUAGUGACGGUGUCUGUGCUAACAGCAUGGUACUUUUCAUUUGUUAUCAUGUUCAUCCUGCCACUGGAUGUAUCAUCUACUGUGUACAGGCAAUGUCUUCAAGAGCUGAAUGUUACGGAAACAGUGUCCGCACAGACUCUGCUGUCCAAUACGUCAAGCACAGUGACGCCGCCACCUCGCAAUGAGUGCCAGAAGCCGUGGAGCUACGUCCCAGACUCCGUGUUCCCUAAUUUGUGGAGAGUUGUGUAUUGGACUUCACAAUGCUUGACUUGGUUGAUCAUGCCAAUGAUGCAAUCAUACAGCAAGGCAGGAGAUUUCACUGUAAAAGGAAAGCUAAAAUCAGCCUUAGUUGACAAUGCUAUCUACUAUGGCUCAUACUUGUUCAUAUGUGGGAUCCUACUCAUUUACAUAGCUCUGAAGCCAGGAGUGUACCUUGAUGGACCUAAAAUUAAGGCUAUAGCCUCAUCGGCCAGUAAUACAUGGGGAUUGUUCCUGCUUAUUUUAUUACUCGGAUAUGCCCUAGUGGAAGUCCCUAGAAAUUUGUGGAACAACUCCAAAAAGAACUACACAUUGACAUAUUGCUACUUCAAAAUAGCUAAAAUAAGUACAGACAAGUGUGAGGCAGAGGAAACUGUUGAUGACAUAUUGGAUAGUCUGUGCGCGAUCACGGCAGCGGUGACCCCCACUCACCCACUACACCCGCACGUGGAGACCAUCGUGCAGAAACUGCCGGUGCAGCUGCGCGACCGGCUCGCCUCGCGCCUCGCACCCGACCGCCCGCAGCCACCCGCGUUGAAGUCGCUUGUUAACUUGCAUAAGAAGACAAUAAAAGCCCUCCACGUGCUCCAACGCACAGAAACCCAGUGGGGGCUGAUGCUGGAGAGGAUUUUCCACCUCGAAGACGUGAACUGCAACGCGCGCUCGCCGGAGCGGCGCUUCCAGCACACGUUCUACCAGCCGCGCUCCAAGAUACACCGCCUGGUGUAUCCACCCACUGUCGAAUGGUACUGGGAGUGUUUCCUGAAGCAGUACUUCCUGAAGACGAUGGCUCUGAUCACCUGCGUCAUGUCGUUCAUGGUCGUCUGGUCGGAGGUGACGUUCUUCAGCAAGAAGCCGGUGCUGUCUAUCUUCGCUAACAUCGUCAUCGCGGCGAAAUUCAACUAUAAUUAUGCCGCUAUUGUGACAAUAUCAACCCUAAUAAUCGCGUACAUGUUCUACUGCGCCUACUCAACCGUACUCAAGAUCCGCGUCCUCAAUCUGUACUACCUGGCUCCUCACCACCAGACCAACGAGUACAGUCUCAUCUUCAGCGGCAUGAUGGUGUGUCGUCUGACGCCGGCCAUGUGCCUCAACUUCCUGAGUUUGGUGCACAUGGACUCGCAUGUUAUUAAGGAACGGAUCAUGGAGACGUAUUAUACUCAGAUAAUGGGCCACAUGGACGUGCUCGGCAUCGUGGCGGAAGGGUUCAACAUCUACUUCCCCAUGCUGGUGGUGCUGCUGUGCGGCGGCACGUACCUGUCCGUGGGCGCUCGCCUGCUGUCAGCCUGCGGGUUCCAGCAGUUCGCCGGCGACGAGCUCACCACCGACCUGGUCGAUGAGGGACGCGAGAUUGUGAAACGAGAGAAGCGGAAACGGCAGCGAGCGGAGGAGUCGCUGAGCCGGCGGCGCGACUACAGCGAGCGGUUCUCCACGUACCGCUCCAACAGGGAGCCGCAGCAGGAUGGAGCCCACACCGGGCUCCUUCACGACGUGGACACAGACUACUACGUGGCGCCGAGUCCCGAGAGAGCCGCCACGGGGUACCAGAGGGCUGAGGUUCCGUACAACAGGCCUAAUGUGACGUUGGAGGAUGAGCUGGACAGUCGGUUCGGGGAGAGCGCUUUGCCUUCUAUUAGGUCUGAAUUCGACGACCGAAGGCGUGGAGACACGAUGAGUGUGCCACCGCGAGGACUCUUCGACGACGUAUAAGGGACGGAGUGCAAUUACUAGAUGUAUCCAGUAAGAGAUUUAUGAAAGCGACAUAGUACAAUGCUUAGAUGAAGUUAUUUAUUGUGUAGGUUUAUAGUUUUACGUGACACAUACUUAGUAAAUUUCAACAGUGCAUUUAUGUGACAUUCACUUUCGGUUUGUUUUAUAUUUUAAACGGAUGCUUUCAUAAACGUCGCAAUUAAAUGUACACACAGCGUUAGGAAAUGUAAAUGAUGUCGCAUUAGUGUAUUUCAGAGUUAUUUUUGUACAAAACUUUUAAGUUUGAACAUCUCGUAAUAUGUAUUAUUUGAGUUGUAAUAGUUUAAUAUUAAUGUAAGUAUAGGAACAUGUAUAAAUACAUACCUGACAUUAUCACAUUAUCAAAACUUAUGCGUAAUUUCAUUCAAAUUAUUUAUUUCGUACAUAUUUUAUCUUUCCGAGCCAUAAAGACCUUAGGAUUAGAGUUAAACAAUCUAAUGAAACGUAGGCAGCUUUCGCCUUCAGUCAACCAGCGGAAAUUAUAUUAUGCCAAUAUGGCGUUACGAAUAAUCACAAACAAUAUAUUUAUGUCUAGUUGUUUACAAGCUUGAUUGAUGGUGGCUGUAUUCCAUCUAAAAUGUCUUUUCCCUCCGAGCAAAAUAAUGGAAGGGCUAGUUUUUCUUGUUUAAUUUACUGUUACAUAAUAGCGUAUUGUAUAGCUAGGUAUAAUAGUAAAUUGUAAAUAUGCGCCGACUGGUAAAGGGUAUAACGUUUUAAGAUAUACAAUGCCAUUGAAAUAAUUAAGUAGGCAUGUAAUUAUCAUACAAAACCACUACAAAAAUCAUCUCAUAACUUGACAGUUUAAUCGAUACGGAUGAAACAUGUCAUGAAACCCUGCCCGAAGCUACGAAGUGCCGCACAGACAUAUACACACUACAUGUCCAACUUAUAACAACCACCGUUUCAGUUGUUUCAUAGUAAAAUAUAUAUUCAUACAAAGGCACGAAACCCUUCUGUUUUUUAAGAGAUGUCCCUUUAAAUGUAUGUCGAGUAUCAAUCCUUAUUAUUUAGAGCAAAGCUUCGGGGAAAUAACCGUUGUCACAAUACUGGAGUCAUAACAAGGACCUAGCAAGCUUUCAACUCAAGAUCCAUACUUGAAGAUCUCUGAUAAAUUACAGCUAUUUCUAUUCAUUGUGUGUAGUCAAUGUUCUGUGUAUUUUAUUAUUGUAGAAAUAUUAGUUUUAAUAAUUUGUGACUAAAUAUUAAUAUGCCUGUUUUCUAUUUUGAAAAGAUUGUAAUCUAAUAAGUUAUGUAUUAUUUUUUGUUUCAUUCCAUAGAUUUUAUUAAAGAAAUGUUUAUGUGAUACAACUGAA